CUCUCUCUCUCUCCUCUUCUUCUGAAGUCAAAACAGUUGCAGCAGCUAAGAGAGUUUGAACUGGCAGGAGGAGGGGCUCAAAUUGAACCAUAUCAACCACAGUCUACGCAGUCGAGCAACUAGCAGCAGCGUUUGCAAGAAAAUAAACUGCGUCUUGCACCCUCUACCUUUAAGAGUGAAGUCAACAGAAAUUUCAACUUUUUGUUCAAGUUCCAAAUUAAUUUUUGCAAGGAUCCAAAUUGUUUGCAUUUAUUUUCCUGAAAAAAAAACAACAACAAAAAAAAAAAACAAACGAAACCAUGGUGAUCAAAGUUUAUGUAGCAUCCUCUUCUGGGUCAAUGUCGAUUAAGAAGCAGCAGCAGGAUGUGAUCGGGUUCAUGGCAGUCAAUAAGAUUGAGUUUGAGGAGUGUGACAUUGCAGCCAACGAGGACAACAGGAAGUGGAUGAGAGAGAACGUUCCGGAAAACUCCAGGCCUGCCACUGGAAACCCCCUGCCACCUCAGAUCUUCAAUGAGGAGCGGUACUGCGGGAAUUAUGAAGCGUUCUUUGAUGCCAGGGAAGACAAUAACGUGUAUGCGUUUUUAGGCUUGACGGCACCACCUGGGUCAAAGGAAGCUGAAGCCCAAGCCAAACAGCAGUAGUGAGCAAUCACCCUUCAUCAAACUACAGCUCCACUUCCUGCCGACCUCCAGUACUGCAGUUAGCUGGAGAAGUGACGGCACUGAGAGAACACUGAAAUAAGAAGAACCAGUUCUGCUGUGCUUUUGAUUUGAAUGCAUUGAUAUGUUUUGAUGUUGCACCAUUUAUUUCUUUUCUAUAAAAGAAGAGCCAAAAAAAUAUUUUAAAAGGGGGGGAAGAAAUGUCAUUAGCUUAUUAAUUCAUUUUAUUUUGUGUAUAGAGAAUACAGUCAUUUAGAGUGUGAUAUGAGAAAUUGUUAUGCCACCCAGAACAUUCUGUUUAUCACGUAGUUUCUUUUGUACCUGUUUUCUUUGCUUUGUGGAGCACUAUGCACACAUUUCACUGUACUAACCAUUACUGGUAUGAAAUAUGUAUAUAUAUAUAUAUAACUUUAAUAUGUGGGCAGACGUUGGCGAUUGCAUACAAAUUUAGGAAAUGAUAAGUGUAGCAAGCUAAUUUGCAUACUGGAGAACCUUUAAGCAUAGUACAAUCUAUGUUUUCUAUUGUCAGCUGUUUUUUGUUAAUGAAAUGAGAUUGCAGGAAGUGUAUAUUUAUUGUGACUUCACUUAAUACACAGGCUCAUAGCUCCUUGUUCAACUCUGCCAUAGACGUGCCUUUUUUUCUACUAGAGAAAAAAAUUGUAUCUGCUUAAUGAUGGAUGUGAAUUGGAAAAAUAUAGGUGCACUUUAAUGAUCUAAAUCACCCUUAAGCAUUCAUUACAUGAAUCCUUUCAUAAUCAUAAGCAUUAGCCUGUCAGAAAAUGUAUAGAACUGAAAUGCACUUAGCAGUGACAAAUAUGAUCUUGUGUGUUUCAAGGCUAGAAUCCAUACUUAAUGUUAACCCUAUAUAGUGACAGUGCCCUGUAUUUAGUAUGGGUCUGUUUACCUGCCCUUCAUGUUCCAGUAUGUGCUGCUCUGUGAUAAAGGGUACCAUGCACCCCAGGUAUAGAACCAGCUCUCAGAGUGAUUGUUUAUCUGCCAAGUCCAAUUGCAUUCAUGGCUUACUGUGGCUGAAAAGUCAAGGCGUUUGAAUUAUUACUUCAAACGACCUUCUGGCUGUGACACCAUUUUACUGCUUUAAAGACACAGGUAAGCACAAUAUUCACUGCUUUGCUGUUUUAAGCCUGCUUAUUUAGCACUAAAACUGUUCUUGAAGGAACACCUGCCUUUUUGUUCAGGUUAUUUGACAUUUGAAAUACACAGUGACAAACAUUUAGACAAUUAAGUUUCAAUAUUCAUAGUUUUACAGUCACAUUUGUGAAAAGUACCUACUGCCCCCCCCCCAAAAAAACAGUUUUGAAGUAAUAUAAAUUAUGAAGUACAUAAUUAUUUUAAAUCAUUCUAACAGAUGAUCUAACGUGGUGAAAAUGACAUAUUUACACACAUUAGUACACUUGGUGUCUGUUAAAUCUGUCAAGCUAUGGUAUUAUAAGGUACAUUUCUGGUUUGUAGUACAUAUAGUAUCCACAUCAAUAAGACAAUGCAAAAGGAUAUAUCAAAUUACAUAAUUAAACUAAAGGGAUUAAUCCAUACUAUAGCUGGUUCUUCUUUACAGAGCUAGCUAAUAUAAACACAUCUAUAUGUUAAAUGAGUUCUAAGCUCUGGUGUAAAAGUGCAAAGUGUAAAAACAAACCAGGUGCUGUCCAGUGAAUCAAACCAAUGGUCUUAAAAACAACAGUUGUUGCUACAAAUGGUGCAUGGUCCACUGCUUUAUUAAAAAAAAAAUUACAUUUUGAUGUGUCUGAAAUAAAAUGCCUUUUUUUUUUUCUCUGCA